AUGGAGAGCUGGCCUCUGCUCCUGAUGCUCCUCCCGCUGGUGAAGGUGUCCUCGGACAAGGUCUGCCCCGCAGGCUGGUACUUGAAUUCUAAGGAGCAUGCGUGCACCCCCUGUCCAGCAGGAUCAUACACAGAGAACCCAAAUCAAGGCCAUUUUUGCAACAGGUGCCAACAGUGUAUUGGAGGGAAAUUUUUGACCUUCGUACACUGUACAUCGACCUCCAACACCAAGUGUCGAUGUGUCGAGGGUUUCAUGUGUGCAAAUAAAGAGUGCAGCUCCUGUCAAGCCCAUAAAGUGUGCAAGAAAGGACAACAAGUGCAACAGAAAGGUGACUCCUUCAGGGACACAGUCUGCAGUAACUGUAGGAAUGGUACAUAUUCCAACACAGAGGGUGGAGUCUGUAAACCCUGGACUGACUGCUUGGCAAAAGGUCUCCAAAUUCUGAGGAAUGGUUCACAGACGGAGGAUGUAAAGUGUGGAGAUCCAAUGACAACCCCACAGCUUCUGACCACCUCAGUCCGACCUACAAUCAGAAACCCCAGGCACCCAGACAAUCCGUUGAUCGAAGAUGCAACAAAGAACGAGGGCAUUGUUGGGAUUGUCGCUUUAAUAUUGCUCUCAUGCACCUUCAUCCCGUUCACUUUGUACUUUGUUGUACAGAAUAGAAAGAAACAGAAGCAUCUGCCACUGGAUGUAACAAAUCACGACGAUCUUCCUGUGGCCCUGGUGACGGCAGCGGAUGAUCGGUGCAGCUAUCACUGUCCAGAAGAGGAGGUGGGAGACUGGCAGCUGCGGCAGGAGACCAACCCCAAACCUCCAGAAUGAGGUGGUGCCUCCUCCAGUCUGACCAGACACUAACCCUCGCUGCCCUUGUGAUCAGUUCAUUGUGAAAUGGUGGAAGAAGCAUGAGGUCAACAACUUUUCAGUGAUUAAUUUCUAGAAAGUCAAAGUAACUGUCCAGAAAGAACUGGAUUUAUUUCAAGAACCUGGCCUUUUUCCUUUCUAGUAAAUAGAUGAAUGUAUGUCUUGUGGAACAGCCAGUCCGUGAUAAUCACAUGGUCACAUUAAGAAUCACAGAUCACCACCCUUUUUGCUUCUAUUUCUGUGUAACCAGACACAUUUCGGUCAGGUGUUAAGACCAGGACCCUGCAACUCUUUUCUGAUUCAGUUGAAGCUUUAAUAACUUGAGUCUAGCAGAUCUGCAAAAUCUCAUAUUCAAACUAAUCAGCAAAAGGGCAGAGAGGGUAAAAUUUGCUUCAGUUUACACGAUAAACAUGCACUCCAUAGGAGGGUGAGAAACAGAUACAAUAAGAACGUUGGAAAAGAGAAUUGAUAAGGACUUGACAAGAGAAACAAGGUGCAGCACUUUAAAACAGCUGGUACAGACACAA